CUUUCCACCACAUUUCUUCUUCUCCCUUGCGUUGCGUAGCCUUUUCCAUGUCUGGUCAACACAGACAACCGCCGGCCUCGAUGGCAUCGGCGGGAGCAUCAGCGGCAGCGGCAGGCCCGUCGUCGCAUCGUCGCAAUGUGUCGUCGCACGACUAUUCGGCCGCCUCGUCCAAAGCAAUGCCCACGACAGGCGCGCGUACGCUACCCGGUGCAACGCCAGCCUUUGAGCUGUCAGAGGACCCACUAUCAUCGCCAACACAGUCAUGGCGACCACUAAUAGAUGGUCAUGGGCAUCAGCAGCAUCAGGUCCCCUCGUUCCACUUCUCCAGCCCCGCUUCUUCCCCGCACACGUCACCCGUCGUGGGAACAUCAGCUGGUAGCAGCAGCAGCACCGGUGCAUUUGCCAGUUUCACCCCAGAAGCCAGGUCUGGCAGUCUGAAGGGCAGCCGCAAUAGCAGGCCGCCGCCAAUAGAAGUCGAUGCCACCUCGUCACAUCAUCGAGGUGCAAUGGCGACGAGCCCAACCAACACUUCUCACCGGCAUCAUUCCAUGGCCAAAUCAGCACAGCCGCCCAUGUCGGCCACGUACGGCGGAGAUCACUAUCACGCCGCUGCCGCAAUGCGGUCCCAGACUCCUCCCGUCCGUUCAAUGUCCGCGCAGAGCAACUCUCGCGAUCCCAAGCGGCAGGACAGUUUAGGGAGAGCGGCAGUCAAUGCAGCGCAAUUGCUCAUGGAGAGGAUGGGAGCCCGAGCUUCACCUACCUUGUUCCGCUCGCCGCAGAGGGUCAAUAGCAAGGAGCACGACUCGGACAGGGAAGAAGAUGAUGACGACGAGCAUGACAGUAAUAGCAGCAGUAGUGGAGAUGAGAGGAGAAAAGGACAUGGACGGGAGGUGUCUGCCCAGCAGCAGCAGAAGGAACGAGAGCCAAGGGAUAGCUUCUCAUCACAUCGCUACACGCCUGUCUCGUCUGCGGGGCCUACGAGGAGGCCAAGCAGGGCGGCUCAUUCGCCAAGACCGACUGAGGGACGCAAGACGCCAGCAAAGUAUCGUCCCGAUUCACGAGCGAUGGCGGAGAGGGCAGCGGCAAAGGGAGCAGGUGGCCACGAGUCUCAUUGGACGGCACCGCUACCUCCAUCGUUGUCGGGUGGUUCAGUCCCAGAAUCGCCAUUUGGUCGUCAAGGAGCCUUCAACUAUGGCGGUAGCGGCAUGUCCGCACACUCGUCAAUCCACAUGGAGGACAUGCUGGCCACUCCGAGGGCAGAAGCAGGUCCUUCACCGGCGGGACGCUUUGCCAGUGGGGCCAGCGAGGCAUCCACCUCUUCUCCCCUCUUCGUUCCACAAGCGAGACGAGGCGCCAUCAACCUCAAGCAACCCCGUCUCAGUGGGGCCUCUGAUCGUCGCCGUACCAGCAAACGAUCGAAGCAGCAACGCAUUCGACGGCGGCGAGCAAAGCGGCGCACUCCUACCCGACCCUUCUUGGAGACGGUGGGCAGCACAAUCGCAAGUGUGGCGUGGCACAUGAUCCACCCGAUUCACACAAUGCGCGUCCUCACCACCUCAGCCCGGAAGUUCUUACACGAUACAGACCAAUCCUUCCGCAAUCCUGUCACCGGCGAGCGUGUGUACAAUCCCGAGUGGCUCGGCGCCUACAUUCCACUCUUGAUAUGGCUCGUGGUCAGUAUCUCAAGCACGGUCAUUGUCCUCCUGUUCCACACGCAAGUCUUCACCGCCCUCGAUCAGCUUUCUUCAACCCUGCAGCGGUUGGGAACAAGAGGUCGGCUAGUCUUGGGCAGCCUCAUCUUCCUCACCACCUUUCCUCCUCUGCCCCUCUACUCUACCCUCAUUGUCCUCUGCGGCUUCUCCUUCGGACUGUGGCAAGGCUUCCUCAUCAGCUACAUCGCCGCCCUGUCAGGCGCCGUCGUCGUGUACCUCCUCAGCAAGACCUUCCUCCGCUCCUGGAUGAGCGGGCUGCUAGCCAAGUCCGGCGGAUUGAAGAAAGUGGUCCGCGCAAUCGAGAAGCGCCCCUCUUUGCUCUUCCUGAUCAGGCUAGCACCCUACCCUUACAAUCUCAUGAACACCCUCCUAGCUAGCAGCCCAACGCUCACAUUCAGGACCUACUUCUGCUGUACGGCCCUCGCCCUGCCCAAGUUGCUAGUGCAUUGCGGGCUCGGCACGAGCAUCAAGAACUUUGCGGCGUAUCAUGGGGCAGACGCGGCAGCCAAGAAUGGGGCGGCUGGUGCCGGCGGUCAAGAGGGCGCAGCCCACGAUGCUACGACGGCCGAGCGCGUCAAGAAGGCUGCGGGCAUAGUUGGCGUGCUCCUCUGCGUGGGCAUCUUCCUCUACCUCUUCUCCGUGGCACGGAAGGCCGUCGACGAGGAGUUGGACAGCGAGGAUGAGGAUGAGGAAAUAAGGGAAGACUCGAGGGAGAUGCGCAGGAGGAGAAAGAGGGAGGGUGUGCUUGCCAAGGAGGGCAAGGAAGGCGAAGCGAUGGAUGGAGAUGAAGAUGAGGACCUUGAUGAUGAGGGAGGCUCCAUGCUCGGCUCUGAGACGGAUUCAGAGGACUUGGACUUCGAUCUGGACGAUGACGACAUGGACGAUCUAACGACGCAACCUGCUACUGUGAGCGGUGGCGGCAGCAGCACUGCUGGGCAUGUCAAUGGCGGCUCUUCGUCAGAGACGGCCAGGCUUGGAAGCUACGAGGCCGUCGUGCAAGGGAACGCCAUGACGGGCAGCUCAGAGGAGCAGGAUCACUUCCGCAUCGCCUCACCGGAUCAGGUGGAUGACCAAGAUGAGGACGAUAGCAUUGCCCUCAUGGAGGCAAAAGCAGAGCGGGCUUGCCGGGGCUGAAGGUAGCCUGGAGAAGAAGGCUCACAGGCGAUUUCUUGACAGACUCGAUAGAUAGAACCCAAGACCUCAACAACGACGCAGCGCAUACGACUUGACGCACCCUUCUCUACAUUCUGUGUACAUAGCUACAGAGAGACUCCCUUUCAUCUCGUUUUCGGCUCCUCAGUUUCAACUCUACUGUAGACUUUAUUCGCCUCCGCCUCGUCACUUCGUCAAUGUGAAUGACUCAACAUCGCCUCGCACCGCGCUCGAUGUCACCAAGACGAUCGCAGUUGAGGCGACGGGGCACUGGAUGCUUCCUGAGCGGCCGAGGGCGGCAAAGGCGCGUGGGACGACUAUUCCAGAGUAGAUUGCGAGCCGCAAUCAGGCGCCGAAUGGAGGACAACGAUCCCACUGUCAUCAU